CUUCAGCGGGCAGGAAAGAGGUUUCUCUUCUGGGCAGAGGUUUUAAGAACACCAGACCUUGGUACACCAAAUGGCCUUGGGGCGGCCCUGGCGGCAAGUCUAUAAGCGAGCCCCUUCCCCGAAGCUGCCCAGACUUUCCCCCUGCGACGCUUCCCAGGAUGAAGGCCUCUUGGAGCCUCCUCUUCCCGCUGCUCUUCGCCCUGGCCUGGGCCCAGUGCCCGACCCCCGCUGACCUGAAGAACCCUGAUGGCACCAAGAUCUGUGCCCAGCUCUACACGGACGACAGCCCCUACUACGACCAGUGCUGCGUGGGCAGCGUGCUUAUCGUGCAGUCAGGCGAAGACCAGCCCUACAUCCCCAAGGCCUUCAACAACAAGAUCUCCUCCGUGGUGGCGGCCCCCCGAUGCGAGCUGACCGUCUGGGACACGAAGGGCAAAUCUGGCAAGACGAGGAAGUUCAAGAACGGGGCUUUCCCCCGGCUCUCAGAGUACAGAAGGGGGAUCUUUGGAGACUGGGACAAUGCCAUCUCCGCCUACUAUUGCAUAUGUUCGUGAGGCAGCCGAGCCAAGAAGCGGCCUACCUGCCCCUCCCACCCCUGUGACCGACCCUCCUGUCUUGGCUAAAGGCGUCCUACCCCCAGAACCACUCUUUCAUCACUCAGACUUCUGGGAUGCCUCUUUUCCCAGAAUCCUUCGUGCUCACAACAGCCAAUGUGCUGUUUUCCACUGGAUGAUCUCCUUGCAAUAACGGAACACGCAGGGGGCCCCAAUUCGGCUCGUGGUGACAGCAUCUUCUCGUCAAGUGCUCUCAAGCUGAGCAGGAAAGCACGACCCACAGGACUCUUUUUAGUCCCUCGCCGGGGGGCAUGACGGGAAUUCCCAGCAACAUUGAAGAUCUGGUCUCCUUGCCGGAAAGAUUGGCUCGGGAUGCGGCCCUGUGAUGUUUCAAGAGCUCAAACGCGCGUUUCGUUUCCCGCUCAGCAGUUUCCAGACAGGUGUUCCGUCUUCAAAGCCAGCCUCUCUCCUGGGAGCACCUGCUCUCCCUCUCCCUCUCUUUCAUCCCAUCUUUUCCCUCGAUAAACAUAAUUAAAAGCGAAGGAGCACAGCUC